AUGAUCUGCCUGGUGCUGACUGUCUUCGCCAACCUCUUCCCUGCGGGCUGCACCGGCGUGCAUGAGCGCACCUUCGUGGCCGUGAAGCCGGACGGUGUGCAGCGGCGGCUAGUGGGCGAGAUCGUGCGGCGCUUUGAGAAGAAAGGCUUCAAGUUGGUGGCGCUGAAGCUAGUGCAGGCCUCAGAGGAGUUGCUGCGUGAACACUACGCCGAGCUGAGCGCGCGCCCCUUCUUCAGUCGCCUGGUCCGCUACAUGAGCUCCGGGCCCGUGGUUGCCAUGGUGUGGCAAGGCCUGGACGUGGUGCGUGCUUCCCGGACGCUCAUUGGGGCGACCGACCCAGCUGAUGCCACGCCCGGCACCAUCCGCGGGGACUUCUGCAUCGAGAUCGGCAAGAACGUGAUUCAUGGCAGUGACACAGUGGAAAGUGCUCGACGUGAGAUAGCGCUGUGGUUCCGCACUGAUGAGCUUCUGUGCUGGGAGGACAGUGCAGCCCAUUGGCUGUACGAGUAG